AUGAAGCGAACGUCAAGGGCUACCCGAGGGACACUCAGGACAAAGACACAUCCCGAAAUCGCCGAAGAAGCAGUGAAAAUUGACGAGGUUUCGGUGGUAGUUAAAGACGAGAUGAAAGUUGAAGUUGUUGUUGAGGAGAAGCCACUGGCUGCGGAGGAAAAGGCCAUGGCGGUGCCGGUUCUGGUGCCAGAGGUGGAGAAGAAAACAGAG